CAAGACGAGAUCGAGGGAGUACGCAGUCGACAGGCCGCAAAGCACAAAGCUCAGAUCACUCCUGCCAAGGAGGACAAGGGGCACCAUGACAGGGAUUCGAAACAUAUUCCUACCACUCAAGGGAGAUACCUAAGGAGUCAUACGGACACAUCAGACCUCGAGGAGAAUAUCCAGACAUUUCUUCUUUCAGACGACCAGACACAACACGAAUCUGCUCGUGACCUUGUCGCCUCGCUAUUAACGGGCUCACGGGGCGAAUUCAUCUUCCGAAUAGGUGCACGUCCAGCUCACAACAAACUCUUUGCUGGCGAGGUUCUCGACGAUGGAUGGACUGGGACUGACAGGGGCAUGACGCAGCUAGAUACGCUCGUCAUUAACUUGAUAAAAACCGUCGAAGAAGUGGGCGGAAAGGCAUGUGUAUUAUUCAAGACGACGGACGGUCACCCACGGGCGACAGUAUUGCUCCGAAUACCUCCACCCAGUGUAUCGUUGACACCUGAGGUUAGAUGCGCUGUGGUAGGAAACGUGGAUAGUGGUAAAUCGACUAUGCUAGGGGUUCUUACUGGAGGGUCACUGGACGACGGGAGAGGCCUCGCGCGAGUCGCCUUGUUCAGACACAAACAUGAAAUCGAGACUGGUCGUACAUCAAGCGUUGGCAUGGAAAUUCUCGGAUUCGACACCAGUGGGCAGCCAAUACUCUCAAAUACUGCAGGCUCAAAUGACCCCGACAUUAUUCGGCGUGGCAAAUUGGGUUGGGAUCAGAUAUCUGUACAAUCGGCGAAAAUCAUCACGUUCAUAGACCUUGCUGGGCAUGAGCGGUAUCUAAAGACUACACUCUAUGGCCUCACGUCUGGCGCUCCGUCCUGUGUCAUAUUAAUGGUGGGUGCGAACGCUGGACUGAUAGGCAUGUCAAAAGAACAUUUAGCUAUCGCGCUCGCGCUAAGCGUUCCAGUGAUUAUCUGUAUCAGUAAGGUUGACAUGACUCCACCAAAUAAAUUGGCAGAGACUGUGAAACAGGUGGUAAAGGUUCUCAAGAGUCCUGGUUGCAGGAAAACCCCGGUUUUCGUCAACUCGCAAGAGACUGCGAUUGAAGUGUCUCAGGUAUAUGCUGCGGAACGAAUAUGCCCCAUUUUCCAAAUAUCGAACGUAACUGGGGCAGGAUUAGAAUUUAUGCGCACCUUUCUCAAUCUUCUCUCGCCAAGUGAGGAUGAAGAAAGAUUUGACGUUGCUCAACCACUUGAAUAUUCUGUGACCGACAUCUGGUCUGUUCCUUAUGUUGGGACUGUUGUCAAUGGUAUCGUGUAUAGUGGGAUCAUCAAGAAAGGGGAUGCCGUGUUCAUAGGACCGGACUCGAAUGGCAAUUUCAUUCCGACCGUCGUCAAAAGUAUGCAGAGAAAACGCGUAGACGUUGUCACGGCUGAGGCAGGGCAGACGGUAUCCUGUGCACUGAAACGGGUGAAAAGGACCGACGUGAAGAAGGGUAUGGUCAUCGUCCCAAAAACGGAGACACCACCGCGAGCUGUUCGCCGCUUCGAAGGCCAAGUCUUAAUCCUGUAUCAUAAUACCACCAUGCAGACCAAUUAUCAAGCUAUGCUUCACUGUGGGGCCGUGCGACAGACGGUCAAGAUCAUUUCCAUCAACCACCCGCAAGGAUUACUUCGUACUGGAGAUCGUGCGACUGUACAAUUCGAAUUUAUUUCUCGACCAGAAUUUGUAAAGGAGGGAAUGAAGUUGUUGUUCAGAGAGGGGAGGACGAAGGGUUUGGGUGUCAUCACUAGUCUCCUCUAGGACUACGCUAGAUUUCCCGUGGCUACUAUUUCGUCGCCUAUGUUGUAACCUAUUCUUGGUCAUAGGCUAAAGCGUAUGUAUUUUGGACAUUCAUUGUAAUGUAUUCGCUGUGACGUGGACUCGAAAUCCUUU